AUGGCUUCUAUUGAGACUCUCAACCCGAAAGCUGAGAGUGUACGACGUGCUGCCGCGCUGCAGGUUAACACUACCGGCGCGGUGGGGCUCGCAAAUGUCGUCAAAGGCAACCUCGGCCCUCGGGGUACAAUCAAGAUGCUCGUCGACGGAUCAGGAAACAUCAAAAUGACCAAAGACGGCAAAGUCCUGCUCUCGGAGAUGCAGAUCCAAAACCCAACCGCAGCGAUGAUCGCACGCACAGCUGUGGCACAAGACGACCAAGUAGGCGACGGGACAACCUCGGUCGUCCUCUUAGUAGGGGAGCUUCUGAAGCAGUCGGACCGGUAUACCUCCGAGGGUGUACAUCCGACUGUGAUUGCAGAAGGGUACGAUAUCGCCAAAAAGGGGGCGUUGGAGUUCCUCGACAGCUACCGCGUAAAGCGCGAACUGGACCGCGCUACCCUCAUCUCCGUUGCCCACACUUCCCUGUCCACCAAGCUCCACCCCAAGCUCGCGCAACAGCUCGCAGCCGACGUAGUAGACGCCGUGCUCUGCAUCCGCCCUCCCCCCCCUCCCGCUGAUGCAAAAGGCGUCGACGCGAUCCGGGAGCCUGUCGACCUGCACAUGGUUGAGAUUAUGAAGAUGCAGCAUCGGACUGACUCUGACACGGAGCUAAUCCGCGGCUUGGUACUGGAUCAUGGUGCAAGGCACCCAGACAUGCCGAAGCGCGUCGAGAACGCGUUCAUCCUCACGCUUAACGUCUCGCUCGAGUAUGAGAAGACGGAGGUCAACUCUGGGUUCUUCUACUCCUCUGCUGAGCAGCGCGAGAAACUCGUCGAGUCCGAGCGCCGGUUCGUCGACGCCAAGCUGAAGAAGAUCGUCGAGCUCAAAAACCUCGUAUGCGACCAAGCCGUAGACGAAAAGGGGAAGAAAGGCAAGCCAAAGGGCUUCGUCGUCAUCAACCAAAAAGGAAUCGACCCGCUCUCACUCGACAUCCUAGCAAAGAACGGGAUCCUAGCGCUGCGCCGUGCCAAGCGGAGAAAUAUGGAACGUCUCCAGUUUAUCUGCGGCGGAGUGGCACAGAACUCGGUGGACGACCUUUCCCCGACUGACCUUGGCUGGGCUGGGCUGGUAUACGAGCACACGCUGGGCGAGGAGAAGUACACUUUUGUCACGGACGUCCAGGACCCGAAGAGCGUUACGCUCCUCAUCAAGGGCCCCAACGCGUAUACUACCCAGCAGAUCCAGGACGCGCUCCGCGACGGGCUGAGAAGCGUAAAGAACGCAUUGGAGGACGAGUCGCUCAUCCCUGGCGCAGGAGCGUUCGAGAUCGCCUGUGCGGCGCACGUAGCUGGUAAGGUCAAGAGGGAAGCGAAGGGGAGGGCCAAAUGGGGCGUGCAGGCGUUUGCGGACGCGUUGCUGAUCAUACCUAAGACGCUGGCGGCGAAUGGAGGGUUUGACGUGCAGGAUACGAUUGUCGCUCUUCAGGAAGAACAAGCGGAGGGUCAUGUGGUCGGUAUCGACCUGCAGUCUGGCGAGCCAGUAGACCCAACAGUCCACGGGAUAUGGGACAACUACCGCGUCAAGCGGCAGAUGAUCCAGUCCGCUUCUGUUAUUGCGAUCAACCUGCUGAACACGGAUGAGAUCCUUCGCGCGGGGAGGUCGUCCCUCAAGCCUGAGGGCCAAUGAGCGCUGUUAGGGCAGGGGGAGUAGAAGUAGGAGUACAGUCGUCAUUAAUGUCAUGGGA